AUGUCAUCCUCGGGCAUAACCAACCUACCUGAUAAUAUAACUCACCGAGUCAGUGACAACCUUUUGGAUCCGAUUUCUAUUGAUCCUCCACCAUCGGUUUUUGAAUUUCGCGAACACACAGUUGAGCCCAAGAAUGUGGACGCAUCCCAUGUGAAAGGUCGACCAGUACAGACCAACAAGUUUUAUUCAAACAUGUUGCUCGAGGGCGAAAACAAUCCCAUAUGGCCUCUACCAUAUGGAUUGAGGUGGGAACGAGGGAGGAUAAGAGGGUUUAUGGGAUUGAGUGUUUCUCACGUAGACGACGAUAAGAAGGUGUUUGGUCCUGACCCCAAUGCUCGACCCGUCAGAUUUUAUUUCAGCUCCUACAUUUCCGAUUUAAUCUUCUCCGCCACCAAGCUCGGCAAAGAUCACCAGAUGACCUUGACCCAAAUGUCCGAAUUUCACACCAACAUCAACUUAUUCCCUUCCGGAGGAUCAACUGACGGUCCGCACAUGACCAUCUUUGUCUCCCGAGGAAUGUCAUUUAUCACCGCCGAGUACGCAAACCUCACUCCGGUGUUCAACUCGGAGUUCGAUUUCAAACGAGUCGAUCCGCCGCGGAAGAUGACGAGCGGGUGGAUUAAAUAUGAAAUUCUACUCGAAGGGGAUGUGAAGUGGUUGUUGUACGCAAGCGAUGCAAGCUUAAAAUUGAAGGUGCAACCAACGCAUAGGCUUGAGGCCACGGGUGCGGCAUAUACGGGAAUUGUUCAGGUCGCCAAGGUGCCAAGGGAUAAUCCGCAUGCCGAAAAAGUAUAUGACGAAAAUUUUGGAACGUGGCCGAUGGGCGCGGACUUGGAAGUCACGGGUGAUGGUGUUUACACAUUCAAGUGGAAAUUCGGUGGCGAUCCCUCAAAAUCUUUAUUAUUAUUCUCUCUGCCGCAUCAUCGAGAGUCAUUCUUUCCAACACCUCAGUCCACGGAUCUCCAACUUUCCACCACCACGAGAGGUCUCGCAAAAGCCCAUCUCGGCAACACGUGGACAUUUCGCGAACCGGAGCUCCCGGACGUAGAAUUUCUACCCAAAGAUUUCGAAACGAAGCUGACGCCAGAGAAAACGAAAGUGAUACUAGAGCAAGCCAGAAAAGAUUACGCGGUUGACUUUGUGGCAGAGACUACCACCGAUUCGAUUUAUUUUUCGGGAAAAGGGUUGGCCAAGAUGGGAUUGGUGUGUUUGGUGUUGAACAAGUUGCCUGGCGAGGAACAAGGAUUAGGAAGGGAAUGUAUCAUGAAGUUGAAGAGAGUCAUGGACAUUUACGCUCAGAAUUUGCAACAAGUUAGACUCACGUACGAAACCACUUGGAAAGGAGUGGUCUCCAUGGAUGGUUUCAUCAAGGGACCGGAAACGGAUUUUGGGAAUACCUGGUACAAUGACCAUCAUUAUCACUACGGCUACUUGAUCUUCGCCGCUUCAAUCCUCUGUCACCUCGACGAAUCUUGGGGCGCUGCAAACGACCCAUGGAUCAGUGCCCUCGUCCGCGACGUAGCGAAUCCUUCGCCCGCCGAUCCUCACUUUCCUGCAUUUCGUGCAUUCGAUUGGUAUGUCGGUCACUCGUGGUCCAAAGGCAUAUUCCCAUCGAUCGAUGGGAAGGACGAAGAAUCCACUAGUGAAGAUGUAAAUUUCUACUACGCCAUGAAACUUUAUGGAUUGACAUCAAAACGAGAGAAGGUGACGAAUCUGGCAAACAUGAUGCUCGCGAUAUUGCGACGAUCAAUAAGAAACUAUUUUCUGAUGGAGGAUGACAAUCGGAACCAUCCACCUCAAUUUGUGAAAAACAAAGUGACGGGGAUAUUGUUUGAGAAUAAGGUGGAUUACACCACUUAUUUUAGUACGAAUGUUGUGACGAAUUCCUUGACGGGUUCGUGGAAGAGCAUUCUGUACGCUAACUACGCCCAGGUGAAUGCCGAAGAGGCGUAUCAAUUCUUCUUGGAUCAUCCUGGUGCGCCGUUGGAUGAUGGAUUGUCGAGAACGUGGGCAUUGUUUUGGAGUGCGAUUGGUGGUGAUGAGCGUUGA